AUGUUUGCUCUACGAUUAGUUUCUGAGUCGGUUUCUCGACGCUCCACAACUUCUUUUCAAAAAGCUGCCUUUUCGACUUCUGUCAGUCGAUUCCAAGAUUUUCCCAAGAGCUCUAAAUCUUUAUUAUUUUCUAGCAUUUUAGAGAGUAAAAACUCUAGUAGCUCUAGUAGCUCUGUUGUUUUCACGACCCCUCCUCGCGCUACCGAUGCGACUGCUGCUCUUGAUGCCCCCUUGAGUUACACUGUUAUUCCACGCACUGGUGUGUAUGCGGGCCGCACUGUUGAAGUGUUGAGUGAGAGUGAUCUUUCUAGAGCUCUUCGCCGUCUCAACACAAUGAACAGUAUCAACCGGGUGCGCCAAACUUCUAUGGAGCAGACCAAGUACGUACGACCUGGUAAGGUUAAGCAACGCAUUUUGAUUGAGCGUAAGAAGAGAAAGUACAACCAGAACGUGAAGCGCAUGUUUGAGCUGGUUGCUGAGGCGCGCCGCAAGGGUUAUUAA